AUGGGCAUAUUGAACGGCAAUAUUCCACUAAACAACUUGCGUUCUCAAGACGACAACUUACCCUCAGAUACCUCUAUUGAACAGAAACGAACAGAAGAGACAGUGCUAGAAAAGUUUGUCCCUUAUGCGCCCAAUAACGAAAACAAACUACCACUGGAUGAGAUUCAGUUGGAUCGCAAAAGACACAUUGACUACCUGAAGAAAGGUUUAAAUGGCCUUGGUCGUUGGGGAUCUAGUUUGGACGCUAGCAAACCAUGGUUGGUCUAUUGGAUAUUCCAUUCACUCGAUUUAUUGGAAUACAAGUUCGAUAACAACCUCAUUGCCAGAUCCAUCGAGACAUUCAAGAACUGGCAGUUACCUACAGGUGGUUUUGGAGGUGGAUCAGACCAACUAGCUCAUUUAGCAACAACCUAUGCUGCUGUCAAUGCAUUGGCAAUUACUGGCACCAAGGAAGCUUACGAUGUAUUGAACAGAGAAACACUGUACAACUUUUUAUUGAGCAUGAAGCAGCCUGAUGGAUCAUUCACCAUGCACCAAGGCGGCGAAAUUGAUAUUCGAGGAUCCUAUUGUGCGUUAUCUGUAGCAGCAUUGAUCAACCUACUUACGCCUGAACUGACAGAGAAUUGCAUUGAUUUCAUUGCACGAUCACAAACGUACGAGGGAGGCAUUGGCCCAUAUCCGGGCAAGGAAGCACACAACGGCUAUACAUUCUGUGGGCUAGCAGCCAUGGAAAUUUUAGAUGGAUUCUCGAGAUUUGACAUGCAGAAACUAGUCAGUUGGUGCUCAGGGCGACAAAUGGGCCUGGAAGGCGGAUUUCAAGGUAGAACCAACAAGCUGGUAGAUGGCUGUUAUUCGUUCUGGGGAGCAGGUGAUUUCCCCAUCCUUCAAGCGCAUUUGCAGUGGGAGGACUAUUUGUUUGAUAGAGAGGCUCUGCAAGAAUAUAUAUUGAUUUGCUGCCAAUCAGGGUACGGUGGCUUGAUUGAUAAGCCAGGCAAAGGAGCAGAUUACUACCAUACGUGCUACUGUCUGUCUGGCUUGUCUGUAGCUCAACAUCGCUUGGAUUUUCAUCACAAUGAUCAGGUCAAGGGUGGGUUGCGAUCCUUGUUGUGGGCCAGUAGAAACGAAUACGUCAUUGUAGGCGAUGUCAAUAAUCUGUUAGCUGCUGCUCAUCCCGUCCACAACAUCACAUUGCGUGCUGCAAGGAACAUCAUGCACUAUUUUUAUGCAGAUCAGCUUAAGGAUGUUGAACUGCCCAACGACGAUGAACCCGAAGAGUGUCAAUAA